AUGGCAUUAGAGAUUGACACAGAUGGAUCACCUUUCGUGAUGUGGGGCAAAAAUAAAAUAAAACUAGAAAACUUUCCGUUGACCGAGCAAACUUACAAAGAAAAAGCCGCGAUAGAACUACGAGAGGAACCGGAGAUUGUGAAGGCUGCGUUGGAGGAACUUAGGCAACUUUUAAGAGGGGAAACAGAUUUAUUAGUUCCGGUUGACAACGAUGAUUUUCUGAUGAAGUUCCUCCGUCCAUGCAAAUUCUACGCUGAAAGUGCCUUUAAGAGGAUAAAAGCAUAUUACAAGUUCAGAAAGGUGCAUUCACAGCACUGCUAUGAUCUCUGUCCGGAUUCGGUCCGUUCAACCUUCGAGAAUUCCAUCGUAUCUGUGUUGUCGCCUCGAGACCAACAUGGAAGAAGGAUUCUUCUCGUUGAAUCUGAACGCUGGAAUCCUCGUGUAGUGACGUUGACUGAGAUGUUCCGAGGUGUGCAGGUGGCAUUGGAAGCGGCGUUAGAGGAGCCGCGCACUCAGAUCUCCGGCGUGGUGACCAUUCUCGACAUGCGCGGUUUAAGCUUUGCCCAGAUCAUGCAGUUUACGCCUUCUUUUGCGAAGAUGAUGGUUGACUGGAUACAGGAUUGCGUCCCGAUUCGUUUGAAGGCGGUCCACGUAAUUAACCAACCGUAUUUAUUCAAUAUGCUGUUCGCAAUAUUUAAACCAUUCUUGAGAGAGAAGUUGCGUUCCCGCAUCCAUUUCCACGGCAGCAAUAAGACUGCGUUGCUCGCUCACAUCGACGAGUCCGCACUUAGAAAAAGACACGGUGGUAUUCUGCCAGAGCCUGAUGUACCUGCAGAUUUACUGAUAAAAUGUCUACUUCAUUACGAAGAUCAAUUCAAAAUGACGAGCACUUAUGGAUACGUCAAUAAAAACAAGACAAAAUCGUGA